AUUUCCUUUCGACUGUUUUGUAAUAUUUCAUUUUCGUGCGUGGUUUAGGAUUUAGUUAAAGAAUUAGUUAAAAUUAUUAAUUAAAUUAUUGUUACAGUUUGCCAAGAGUUGUCAAAUAAUGUCUGCGGUUCGACAAAUUACUCCCGCCUUGUGGAAUUCUUUUACCAAAUGGCAGAAACUCAGUAAUUUACGCUACUUUUCCAAUUCUGUCAUAGAGAGACGUAAUGAACUAUUCACCGAAGAGCAGAAAAGGCAACGAGAACGUGUGGGUCGUAUAGAAAAGAUCGAAGUAAGGUAUUUGGGUCUCCCACAGGAUGUAACACUGGUAAUGAAUCGGGAUAUUUCAACACCCUACAAUUGUGCACAACAUCUAAGUGAAGGACACUGCAAACGUUCUGUUCUGGCGUUGGUUGAUGGAAAUGUUGCUUGGGAUAUGCAUAGGCCGUUACCGGAUAACUGUACCCUGCAACUAUUGAAUUUCACCGUAGCAGAUCCACAUGUUGUGAACAAAGCCUUUUGGCGAUCAUGUAGUUUUAUGUUGGGAGCAGCUUUGCAGAAUGCCUUCAAAGAAGAAGCAAAUUUACAAUUGCACAGCUUCCCAGGACCUAACAUCAAGUCCGGGAGUUUCGUACAUGAUGUCGUCCUUGGUUCUAAAACAUGGGAGCCUAGUAAACCUGAACUGAGAGCAUUAUCGGCGGAAAUGAUAAAACUGGCAGCUAAAGACCAUAAAUUUGAACGACUUGAGAUUAAUAAUGAGUUGGCUUUAGAAAUGUUUAAAGAUUCACAUUACAAACGUGAACAAUUGCCAAGUAUUUCUAGCCAAAAUCAGGGCUGCGUUGUAGUUUACCGACUAGGCACACAUAUUGACAUAUCACGAGGACCCAUGAUUGCUUCUUCACGAUUUUUGGGAAAAUGUACUAUUGCAGCUGCACACAAACUAGCCGACGAAGGAGAUAAAGAUGCUAUUUACAGAGUACAAGGCGUUGCACUGCCUUCAGGCUUUGUUCUUAAUCAUGUAGCGUAUGGAACACUAGAAGAGAGAGCUAGAAAAUUGAAUCCAGCUCGUCAACCCAACGAACCAUUCGAAGAAUUGUCUCAUAUAUCCCAAAUGGCAUAAACUGUUUUAAUUCUUUCUAAGUUAGUAUUUUUGUUUUGUUAUAAAGAAUACUUAA